AUGUCGUUUCAGCCAAAAGAAGCGUCGUGGAAGGCCAUCGCACGCCGCAAGCAAGAUGAGCGGGCGGCGCGUAUCCCUUCGAAAUGGCACAUACCAUCCGACUCCAUUCCAAAAGACCCGCCAAGGCCUCAGGAUGGACCUCAAAACGUCCUUCAUACGCCACGCCGGUUUCUCACGCAGGCGGAGCUGUCCAUCACCGAGUCAUACAGCAUCCCGCUGUUGCUAGAGGCCAUUUCAUCGCGCAAUCUGUCCGCGGCAGAGGUUGUCGAAGCAUACUGCCACCGCGCAGCUGUCGCCCACCAGCUCACAAACUGUUUAACGGAGCCUCUCUUUGACACGGCUCUGGAGCGCGCGCGGUACUUGGAUGAGUAUCUCCGAGAACAUGGCACCCCGUUUGGACCCUUGCAUGGCCUACCGGUCUCGGUCAAGGACACCUUUGACAUCGCCGGCGUCGACACCUCUAUGGGCCUUGCCUACCUGUGCCACAAGCCUGCAGCGCAGAACGCGCCCUUGGUCGACCUUCUCCUCUCCCUGGGAUGCGUCAUCAUAACAAAGACCAACAUCCCGCAGACACUCGGGAGCCUCGACUCGGUCAACAAUGUGUUCGGCCGUACAAUGAACCCCAUCAACCGGCUGUGCACCGCUGGCGGGUCCUCUGGCGGCGAGGGCGUGCUCGUCGCAAUGAAGGGCAGCAUGAUUGGCAUCGGAACCGACAUCGGCGGCAGCAUCCGGGUGCCCGCCAUGUGCAACGGCAUCUACGGCUUCAAGCCCUCCAACGGGCGCUUGCCGUACGGCGGCCUAGCCUUGACCGGACCAGAGGGGAUGAGCCGCACGUCGGUGCAGGCCGUGGCCGGUCCAAUUGGCCGGAGCGUCGAGGACAUCGAUACAAUCAUGCGCGAGCUCGUUCCUCGAGCUGCGCUGUGGGGAGAGGAUUGCAUGCCCGCCUCGUGGUCGCCCGAUCCGUACGGAUCGCCGGUCUCUGGCAGCGGCAAAUACGGCGAGCUGGUGAUCGGCGUGCUGCGCUCCGAUGGAAACUGCAGCAUACACCCGCCCAUAGCAAACAUGAUGGACGAAGUGGCAUAUUUCCUAGCGACGACGCCCAAUGUCAAGGUCGUCGAACUGGAGUGCCCGAGGGCGUGGACGAAAGCGCAGUCCGUCAUGAGCAAGCUCAUGGGGGUCGAGGGUGCCGUCACAAUGGCCGAGAUGCUCGACGCGACAGGCGAGCCCUUGGUGCCGUGGAAUGUGACGCAUUUCAAAAAGGGGAAGCCGCAGCCUCUCAAGCGCGUGGCCGAACUGCAGGCGCAACGCACGCAGUUGGAGCGGGAGAUGCUGAAGAUAUGGGUCGAGGACGAUGCGCAUGGCCGGCGGCGGCAGAAGCUCGACGCCAUCGUGUGUCCCGUCGCGCCGCAUCCCGUGCCGCCUAUUGACGGCUACAACGCCGUCGGGAUGACCAGCAGUUGGGUCCUGCUGGAUUAUCCCGCGGGGACGGUGCCCGUCCGCGAUGUCAAGGAGAGCGAUCUGCAGCUGGGCCGGCCGCAGGGCGGCACGGUCCUGGGCAGCUGGGACGCGAGAAACCGUGAGCUGUGGGACGAGGGCAAGAUCGAUAGGAAGAUCUACCUUGGCACACCGUUGAGUGUCCAGGUGGUCGUGCCGAGGUUGCGGGACGAGAAGUUGGUCGAGGUCAUGGGUUGCGUAGAUACGGCCUGCAAGGGAAAAGGAGGCAACGCCUACGCGAAGCUUUGA